GCUCCUGAAAAGGACGACUGUUGUGUCCUGCACGACAAAAAUUUAGGGAAAACAAAGCGACAGCUACAGCCAUGGCAUAAAGUUCUGUAUUUUUUGUAACAUUAUAUAUUUCAAAUUACAAAAUAAAAGGAUUCAAAAAUGUCUCCAGGUUUUGGACAUGAUCCACUUCCAACAUAUAAUUUCACAACAUUGGGAAAUACAGCUUUAUGCCUUUGGCAACAGCCGCAACACUUUCUAUUUCAACUAGCAAAUCUAUGUUUUGUUUUAUCUUAUUCGGCACCAUCUUCGAAAAAAGGCAUACUUUUUAUGCAUUCAAUUCUCAUAAUAGGAUUCAUGUUACUAUCUGGUUGGGCAUGGCACGUGAUUUGUGCACCUGAUAUUUUUUCCUGGAAUUUUAGUUUUCUUGUUUUAAAUAUUUGUCAACUUGUUUAUAUUGUUUAUCAAAUGCGACCAGUCAGAUUUGAUCCUGAACUUGAGGAAGUUUACCACACUCUAUUUUAUCCUUUCAAGGUGACUCGUUUGCAAUUUAAAAGAUUGGUCUGUUCGGAAUUUGCAACAAUAAUGUCACUUCAUGCAGGCGAGGCGUAUGCUAUGCAAAAUUUAACAAAAACAGAUAGACUUGGUCUUUUAUUAAGUGGAAAAGUCAAUGUUCUUAGUGAAUCGAAUUUUUUACAUCCAAUUUUACCAUGUGAAUUUCUUGACUCGCCAGAAUUUGAAAGUUCUCGUGCUUCAGUCGACGAUAAAUUCAAGGUAUCUAUUGUGGCAGCGAGUUCCUGUAGAUAUUUGUAUUGGCAAAGAACGGCUUUGGAAUAUUUACUUGUCAAAGAAACAUAUUUGGCAACAAUAUUAACAACAUUAAUUGCGAGAGAUAUCGCUACAAAAUUGUAUGCUAUGAAUAAUAAGAUUAUCACUGAUAAAGGCUCUCAUUUAGAUAUAAGAUUACCAACUAUUAGUGCUGGUUUAGGUAUUUCUGGCGAAUACAGAAGUCCAAAAACUUCAAGGCAAGCUCUAAUUCGUCGAAGGGAAUCGCAAUUAGCAUCAAAUAAUGCUGGUGCAAAGCCAAAAGAAAGAUCAAUUAAUAACAUGACAAAAUUAGGUGCUCCAAAUAUGGAACCAUUGCCAGAAUUGCCUUCGUUUGACGAUUUGGCUUCAAGUGGCGUUGAAAGUUGGUUAGAUUCUUCGAGCAAAUAUCACAGCUGUGAAAUUGUCGAUGAAGAAUAAAAAUUUAGGAUGAAAAACAAAAGAUUUUAUUGUUAUAUAAUGUUAUUAAAAGUGCAAAGUUAUUUAAAACAAAAAAAAAACCCUGAGUGAUAUUGAUAAAAGACAGGAAGCUGUUGCGAUGUUUUCGACCAAAAUGAUGCUAAGCCUAUUUUAAUAUUAAAAGAAAAAUAUUGGACUGAAAUUUUCUGAAAAAUUCGAAUGAGCUUUUUACAAUGUGUAGUUUCAAUAAAGAAAGGUGAAAAAUCA